CGCGGUGAUUGGUGGCUCGAGGAUGCGCCAAUAGAGAGGUGCAUGGCUGACGCCAUCACAUGCACCAACGGCUGACAUAAGCGCCUUGUGCGCGACUCGCGUGGGUGUGGCAGAUGUCCGAGGGGUUGCGUUUUCUGCUUGGGGUCGACAAAAAGCCUGGGUUCUGCGCUCAUCCCCCUCGAUCGCCACCAUCCAGUGACUCAAACGUCUCGUAUCAUGCCCUCCAGAAAAUCCAAACACCUCUCUAGGGGCGUCAAACGCAUCCGAUCACCCUCGACCGAGUCGGAAGAUGCCCAUUCCAGCAGACUCUCUCGUCUCGAGGGAGAUGAUUCCCCUUCGGAGAUGGUCACAUCUCCUGCCGCCGAAUCCCACCAAUCCGUCGACAAUAGUGGAUCCAACGAGAACCCCGAUGAUGUGGAAUCACCCCCCGAGCCGCCUGGAACGGACAACGUGCAGAAUGCUUUCGAUCAAGCGUGGAAUGCGUUUAUCGAGUCCGAGUUCCCAACCACCCUCGACCGAUGGCGCGUCGUCUCGUCCACAUCCACGGACCCUAUCGCAGCAUGCAUCAGCACCUUCAUGCUGGGAUGGUGCACCUUCCUGGGACUCGGAAUUGAGGCGGACAUCCCAGAGGGUUAUCGGCUCAUGCUCAAAUCCCAGAGGCCCGAUUUCGUCUUGUGGUUUUUCGCACUCGAUGAUAUUCAGCUGGCUGAGUCGAUGUCACCCCCCGUCGUCGAGUUUUUCAGACGCUGCUCGGCCGGCGCUGAUCGCAGCUGGGUGUGCAAGCAUCUAGUCGCCGCCUUCAAGCUCCACGGACUGGGUACACAAGUCGACCACUCCGGAGCAGUAGAACGCUUCAAAGAGCUGUCGAGCGACGACCAUGCCGUCAGCACAUACGUCCUCGGAAUCUGUUACAACACAGGCACGGGCGUCGAGAAAAACCUGACAAAGAUGAUAUCGUUGAUCAUCGAAUCGGCCAACCAAGGGUACUCCUACGCUCAAGUCAUGCUUGGUGACUGCUACUACAAGGGAGACGAGGUCACCCAAAGCUUUGAGCUGGCCGUCAAGUGGUACAGGAAAUCGGCAGAUGCCGGGCUUCGGACUGCCCAGUACAAACUCGGUAUCUGCUACGCAAAAGGGAAUGGUGUCAAAAAGGACAGCGUCAAGGCCUUGAAGUUGUAUCAAGACUCGGCCGACCAGGGGUUGCACUGGGGUCAAUAUGCGAUUGCAUCUCGCUACUACUACGGGAAAGAUGUCGACGAGGACAAUAUCGAAGCAGUCGCCUGGUUUUCCAGAGCCGCCGCCCAGGGCAACAAGCAAGCCACACUAUGUCUCAAAAUGAUCAAAGAACGAGGGCUUUUGGAUUUUGCAAAUGAUGGUAUCGAGAAGAACGAGCACUGGCCAGCUGCAAAACGAGGCGACCCACAAGCGCAGUUUGAAAUCGGCAGUUGCUACCACCGAGGCCAAGACAUCACUCAGGAUUACACCAAAGCGGUCGAAUGGUUUCGCAAAUCAGCCAACGAAGGGAAUGCUCAGGCUCAAUUCAACCUUGGUCUGUGUUACGAAAAUGGACAUGGAGUCAAGAGGGUUUUCAGAACAGCAUUUAAGUGGUACACCAAGGCGGUCGAACAGGGCUACCCCGAAGCUCAGAACAAACUUGGUUACUGCUACCGAUAUGGUCUUGGUGUCAAGAGAGAUCCCAGAAUGGCAUACGAAUUUUUCACCAAGUCCGCUCAACAGGGAUAUGCGUUGGCCCAAGUCAAUCUCGGUAACUGCUUUGCAGAGGGAGAAGGUGUCUCACCGAGCCACACAAAGGCGAUCCAGUGGUACAGGAAGGCUGCCAGCCAGGGUGAUGCCGAUGGCGAGUACAAAGUGGGUUGCUGUUAUCAUGGUGGUCGGGGUGUUGUCCAUGACGUCAAGACUGCCAGAUCUUGGUAUGAAAGGGCAGCCACGAGAGGUCAUCGAGACGCAAUAUCAUCUUUGGAGAACCUCGACAGCGCAGAAGCGCUUGAGAAGGUUUCAUGUGCUGUGAAAUUGACAACAAAUACAGGCGAUAUCCAAUGACUCGUGUGGCUCGUGGGUGGGGCUGUUCUUGCGUGUGG